AUGGACAAGAGUAGAACUAUUGUUUAUGUCAUUAGAUAUCUAGUUACAGCGGAUGGGUACACGAAGAACAAGAUCCUUUUGAAAAAGAAGGAGGAUGUAUUGAAGUAUUCAUCGAUUUCCUCGUGUUUAUUCAAGAUCUACCCCACCUUUUACAACAACGAGUAUCAGAAGGCUCUGAAGGUGAAGGAGGAGAAGGGGAAGAUAAAGAAAUUUUCAAUCAUUGAAAUGAGAAAUGCCUAAUUGGAGAUACCCAAAAACAUAAAGGCCAUGGAGGAUGAAACGACUUUGAAUCACGAACAGUAUGAAAAGUUUAAAGGUUCUCCAGUUGUCUUUGGUUAAACGAUACAAUUAUUACAUAUCAACUCAAACAAAUACUUGUAUUACGAUUCGAAUCACGUUUCAGAAAUAGAGAGCAACAAUCUGAAACUCAGUUUAAUAGAUGAACAUUCUGAUGAGACCUGUUACAGGAUCACUCCUUGCUACACAUUCUAAUAGGAAGGAUCAGGGAACAUAUACCACGAGGAUAUAGUUCACAUAGUUUCCACAGUGGAUUAGACAAAGAAGAUUGGAGGUGAGCCCUAUUUGCAUGCUUCGAGACCCAAGAUCUUCGACACGAAGUCAUCAGCCCAGAAGGAGAAGAGAGAAGUGAAUAUUUCCACAGAAAAAAAGACGCCUUGGAAGGUGAAUAUAUUUGCCGAGUAUUUGGAUGAGAGAGAAGGGUUCUUGAGCAUUUAAGAUACCGUAUGGAUCAACUAUUCAGAACAGGAUGUAAUUCUAUUGAUUCUAUUUACGAUAGCUCAACCUCAUUGCCAUUAGAGAUUAAAUCAAAAAUCGGAAUUGCACAUCUUUUUUGAGUAAUGCACUCAAUCUGCCAAUUACACCAAAUUUGUUGGUAACUCGAAUGGUUUGUUUACAAUUGAGAGUGAGUCCAUGUUUCAGGGAGGACUAGUCAAGUGGGAUACUCCAAUGAUAUCCUCCUCUUAUCGACUCAGACAUCUGACGACAAAGAAGUACUUGAAGGUAGUAGAGGAGAAGAAAGAGACAGAGGACAAGUCUAGAUUCCUGUUAACAAGUGUGUCCGAUUAUUAAAAGGCUUCCUUGUUCCAUUUCGAACUGAUAUUCUCAACAUUGACUACUUACAAUAGAGAGAAGGCCCAGUUGUACUUACAGAAGGAUAGUUAUUUCAGAGCAUCUACGUAUGUUGGUUAGGAUUAAGUGUGGUUGAGGACUGAGUCAAUAUAGAAUGAGGAAGAGAAUAAGGAUAUUUCCAAGGAGAAGAAAAAGAGUGUGCCUGCAUUCAACAAAGUAAAGAAGGAGGAAUAUGUGUUCAAAAUAGCCAAAGCCAAUUUUAACGAAGUCAGAAUGACCAACUUUCUCCUUUCUUGCUUGAAGACAAUAAAAGGAGCCUAGCAAUACAUGGAUGUGUCAUUUCUAUCGGCAGACAUUAAAGAUGAGAAGUUUCAGAAAUCAUAUAAGGGUUUUGUGGCUCAUAUGCAAAGAUUGAGUAAAUGCUUAUCCGAAUUAUAACUGUUUUGCCACAACAAGUUAAUUGCCUAUUUGUACAUCGAUUAGGAGUUCGGAUAGAUCAACCACUUCAUACAGAAUGUGUUGAGGGAAUAAUAAUUUAUAGAAUUACUGGUGAAGAUUCUGUGCGUAUCCUUUCCUGACGUAUCGACAUUGGACACUUUGAGAUCCAUAGAGAAAUCAGAAUCGAUGGACAAGACUAAAAAGCGAGUGGUUGAUGAAAGCAGCAAGAAUAGAGACUCAUAAAUUAAGAAGGAGUAUUACAAUAGCAAAAAGAAGAUUUGCUCCUUAAUUUAUCAAUUGCUCGAUUGCAUUUGCCAAUAGAAUAUCAUCAAUUAAGAGUAGGCUUCCAGAUACAUUCCCAUAUUCGCAUAGUAGAGUGUUUACAUUGACGAUGGCUUGAAGUGCAUAGUGUAAAUCAUCAGAGAUCAUGAGGAUUUGCUUUUGAAAAUACACGAAUAGGUGAAUGAGGAUGAUGAAACACAUUAGUUGCGUCAAUUGGAACAGGAGAUUGUUAUGGCUAAUCAUUCGAAUACCUUCUAGUAACAAUUGACAAUCGAGGACUAUCGACGAUUGUAUGAUCAAAUCAUCAAGAAGAUUUUGAAUGAGGAUCACUUCUAAUUGAGAUCGAAAUGGGAUUUGUUGUAAUUCUACACUAAUUUGCUGAAAGAGAAAACCACCUCAGCAGAAAAGAAGAGAGACAUCAUAUCCUUUUUGCAGUUCGCUUCUACUCACAGAGCGAAAGGGCUGAAUGUAAAUUAGGAGGGCAUCUACAGAUGUUUGAUUGAUGCUUACGAUAGAGAUAGAGUGUUUAAGGAUGAGGUGCUAAUAAAGUUUGAAAGACAAUAGAAGAUUAUAAAGAUAUUUGUAAAAGGGGAAGAGAAGAACUUCGUGGAAUUCUUCACUAAGACAGACAAGAAAAAACAGCAUUUCCAGGAGGCUGAUGGGGAUGAGAUUGGUAAAUCUAAGCAGUUGAACAAUUUCUUAAAAAAGCAGACAGUGAAGACACCUUCAUAGGAACUGAAACCAAAAUUGAUACUGUCUUUGGUGACUGAACAGUUGGAAUUCUAUAUCUCUAUGUGCAAUACUAGAAAUAAUACUUGGAAGAGAUUCGUUGAGUAGUUUCUCCCCUUUGAUGUGUUGAUUGAUCAUCUGAAAAUGGGGGAUAUAGGUUACGAUAUGAGAUCCAUUAUUUGUAAGUUAAUGAACAAGGUUUAUUUGGAUCAGGAGCCCAGAAGAGAGAUCAUCUUCCCAGAGUUGUGUAAGGUGGUCAUUACUGAUUAAGAUAAUGUCCAAGGGAUUUUGGAAGAGGAGGAAGGAGGAUUGAAGAUAUAUCAGGAUUACAAAGACGGAUUGUAUCAGUUCAUAAAGGAGUGUGGAUUAAAUGUCGAUAAGAUGUCAUCCAAUUGGGACAUCAAAUUCGGGGAAGCCAAGUAGAGAGAGACUCUUAAGGAGAUUUCUAUUCAAUGUCCAGAAACCUAUAAUAGAUUAACAUUGGAGAUGAUUAGAUCACUUAAAUUGCUCAUUACAUUUGGGCAGUAUAGAAUCUAGUUGUGCAAUACUCCAGAAGAAACUACUUAGAAGAAUGAGAACUUUUUCAGCAUCAUCAAAUACUUGUUUACCAUUUUGGAGUUUGAUCCCAAGUAUCCAGAAUCCAGGAAGAUUCUGUAGAUAAAGAGGGAGGAAGAUAAGUCAAAGGGGGCUAAUUAGGGCACAUAGUAAAUAUUUGGGAAUGCAUUGAGUCUCUUGGGGAAGAUUGGUAGUCUGAUCAAUGUGUUUUCGUUGAUUGAGGAUAAGGACGGAGGGAAGGAUAAAAAGAGGAAACAGAAGAAUAUAUAAUUUGAGAGUGGGCCUUUGAAUAUGAAUGAGUCAUUUUUGAAAUAGGCUGAUGUGCUCAAAAAGAUAUUGAUUAAAUUCUUGUAAGAGUCUUCCGAGGCGGAUCAACAAAUCAAAUUAGAAAUCUGCGAUAUUUUGAAUCAAUAUUUGGAUUAAAAAAUGGAUUAUUGUUUGAAUUAAUUUAAGUAGAAGUUUAAGGACUACGUGACUAAGCACCUUAAAAUAAUGGCACGAUUGGAGGAGGGAUCUCUAAAUUUGACAGUGGAAGCUGAUCGUAAGACUAUUGAAUAGGAAUUCCAAAGAGCCAUAAAAAAUUAAAUUAAAGCUUUGAUUCCUUCCAUUUUGAAAACAGGAACAGAUGCUGAUAAAAGAGGGUAGCCAAAGAGUGAGAAUUUUAAUUUGGGAUUCGGUUUGGACUUGGCUCAAUUGGCAGGAGGUGUGGAAGUGUUGGACCAAUCUAAGGAAAUAGAUGCAAUAGAUAUAUGUACAAUAUUGGGAUUUGAAAUAUUCCCUACAUUGAUCAACCUAUUUUGUAUGAGUCAAUCUCUGGACAUGCAAACUAAGAUUCUUAACAUUCUCACUAGAUUCUACAAUCAAAGAGAAGAAUUUGCUGAUCUUGUGUCCAAAAUAUUGUUAUUGUUUGAUAGUUAGAAUAUUAAGAUAUUUAGUGAUUUAAAGAAGAAAAUGAGACAAUUGGCUAAGAAUAUCGAUGAAUCUGAAACUUGGAUCAAGGAUCCCACCUUACCAGACAAUGAAGAUAUCUUGACUCAAACUAUCAAGUAUUUCGAAUUCAUCAAUAAUUUGUUGUAUAAGGAUUCCACUUUGGAAGAUGACAAUGUAAGUGUAACAUAAAGAAUUUUGAUCGAUGAAUUUAGAUAGUCUAUUAUGAGGAAUCUAAAGGUGCAUGACAUGUGUGUUCAAUUAAUAACUGAUUGCAUUGGAGUGACUGAAAGGUAAUUCGAGGGAAGAACACGAAAAUUAAUCUACGAGUUAUUUGGCAACAUCUUCUUAUUGUUAAAGAAUUUCACCUUAAACAAUUCAACCAAUCAAUUGUUAUUGAGUGAACAUCUCAAUAAGUUGUAGAUGAAAAUGGAGUUGAAUUUGGGACAAUUGGAUUUGAUCAAUGAAAUCUUCAGAGAUAAUAAGAGAAUAUGCAUUGAGAAACCAGGCACAGUCAUAGAUAAUAUUAGAAAAUUAAUCAAGACAAAUGGGAGACAAUCGAGAUUCUUAGAAUUCUUCAUUUUGAUUCAAAAGGUAAAGAAGGAAUUCAUACUCUCCAAUCAGAAGGGAGUUCUUAACAUGCUUCUAGAUCCAGCCUAUAAGAGUAGUAUAUUUUGGUUGAAGGAUAGACAAGCCCAAGUGAGUGAUAAGAAUCAAGCUCAAGCAUCAAUUAAACAUGAGUUUGAUUUUACUCCAGCUAAGAAUGAUAAUCCCAAUUACAGGGAUGAACCAUAUUCGUAUCAUUGCACCUUGAUUGAAGUUCUAUACACUUGUGCAAUAGGGAAGGAAGGAAUGCUGUAGAAUGAAUCACGCUUAAGAACCAUUAUCUCAUUGAAAUAUGCACUUGAAAUUUUAUGUGCUCCUGACGGAAUGACUGAUGAUGACAUUCAUGUUGUGAAUCCCAGAUAUGACAAGUAUUAGGUCUCUUAAUUAAAAAUUCCAUUGUUAAAGUACAUCUAUUACACUUACUUGGAGAGUGAGAAGAUUGCUGAAGAAAUCUUCAAAUGUAUUAAUGACAUUCAGGAUUACGUCAAUGCAGAGAAGAUUAGAAUAGAGAAGUUCACAAAAUUGCCAGUGAGUGAACAAUUCUAAGAGUACUUUUUUACUUACUACUUUAUGUGCAUAAAUGGAUUCCUGAGACUGUAUCAGAAGGAACAAAACGAUUAGAAUCUUGUCCAUUAAAAUUAGGCUUAGGUCCAUUAGGAGAUUGAGAAUUUAUUUGCUUCAGUUAAAAAAUUGAGAGAUCUGGUGGAGAAUCAUGAGGAACUUAAUAAUUUGAAGUUGAGUCAAUAGCAAAUGGAUUUAAGAUUGUACUUCUUGUGUGACAACAUUGUUGAGGAGGAAAUACUACAGAAAUAGAAGAAGGAGGAAGAGGAGAAGCAAUAAGCUUUAAAGUUAGAAGAACAAAUCUAAGAGGAGAAGAGAAAGAAUAAGAAGAAGUAAAAGACAUUCAAUCUUGGAUUAAAUUUAAUUAAUCUUGAUUUCAACAAGCAGAAAAAUAAACCAGCUGAUUUUAGAACUGAUGAUGCUUGGAAAUAAUUGUGGUAGAUCUUUAUGCAAACUUUCUUAAAUUCUAAGGAGUUGUUGGAAGAAAUCAAAAAAGAACAAAAAAUAUUCUCUGAAGCCUUGGAAAAAGUGGAAAGCAUUUAUUCCAAAGAUCCAUUGAUCUAGGAUCACAUCAAUAAAACGGAAAUCUUCAAGAAGUUGAUCACUUUCUUAAGCAAAGGACACAACCAACCUGGAUGUGAAUAGACUAUAAAGUAAGUGUUAAGAGCAUUAAGCAAUUAUAUCAUUAUCUCAGAAGAUACUGAAACUACUGAACAAGAUGAGGAGAAACAAGCAGAAAUGAGACAGCAGGUGAGAGAGGAUAGGUAGAAUUUUCUUAACAAUAAUAAUGCCAUGGCCACCAUCCUAGUCAUUUUGUCAGAUUACAAAGACAUUAAUCGAUAUAACCUAUUGUACAAUAAUCUGUUGAGUUUUGGCAUUGAAAUGAUGGAAGGAGGCAACAGAGAAGUCUAAAAGUCUGUUUACAAUUUCUUUGUUAAUUUUACUUCUUCAGAAGUGUUCUUUCUAAGAUUGCAUGAGAGAUUCGAAGAUCAAAAGGCAGAAUUGAAAAAGGAGGAUGAAGAUGAGGAUGAUAUCAAAUACAAUUUCUAGGAUGAACCUGAGGAAACACAAAACACUUUGAGAUUCUUACAAUUAUUGGUUGAAGGUCAUUACACAGAAUUGCAAAAUUACAUGAGAUUCCAAUAGAUGAAUUAUCACACUUAUGACUUAUUCACUGAUGUCGUUGAGUUAUUGGGAGAAUACCUGAAUGUUAAGAAAACCAAGUAUUUCUAUUGUAUGAUCCAAUGCUUUGACACCAUUACUGAAUAUGUCCAAGGUCCUUGCUUUGAAAAUCAGCAGGCUUUGUUUUAAGCUAACUUUUUGGAUAUGGCAACCAAUUUGCUAGGAUUUGAUGAAAGAAUAGAAGAGAUUAAUUUGAGGCAAAAAAAGAAAACCUUGGAUGAAUCUCAAUUGGAUCCCAACACUGAGAGAAAGAAAAAUGAGGUAUUCCCCAGAUGGAUGUAUGCCAGAUUGAAAUAUAAGUGUUCCAUUACUUUGUUGUCUUUAUUGGAAGGGAGAAAAUCAAAUGAUGUUAUUAUUAGAUUGGCAAAAUCAUUUAAUCUAGAGAUGUUGAAGGUCAAUAUUAUAGACAUCUAUGACAUGUAUAAGAGUCUAUAUUAAGAUCAUUACACUGCUGAGAUUUUCUCGCAUUUCUCAAUGGAGCCUGAAACAGAAAGCAAAGAAACCGAAGAAGGCAAGAAGAGUGCUGACAUGGCUAGUUUUAUUAUUGAAACUGGAUUCAACUUGUUCGUUCUUUACUCGACCUUCUUGGAGGUCAAGGAUCCCACAGAUGGAGGAGGUCAAAAAGAAGGCGAGAAAGGAGAUGAUAUUAUGGAGCAAUUCAAGGCUAACAUUGUUGGAGAGGUUGUGUUUUUAGCUAUCAAUAUAGUGAGAGGAGUAAAAGAUUUCUUUUUGAGUUUUGCUGAAAAAUUGAAUUAGGCUGUGAGAAGAGACACCAACGAAAUAGAUUAUGAUUAAUUGAAGAAAUAAAUUUAAGAUAGUAGAAGCAAAUUAUUUAAGGAAAGCAUCAAGUUCUUCUCUAAUAAUUCUGCUCACAUUGAAGUGUUGAGAGAAGAUAAGAUGCUUGAAAAAACUUACUUUUAUUUACUUCCCUAUUGCAAGAGUCUUGAUAAGCCAACAAAGACUUAAUUUAAUUAAGAGGCUAAAAGAAUCUCCGUUAAAGCAAAAGUAACUUCGUUACUAUAAGAAUCACCUGAUUUAAUAAAGAAGAUGAAGUUAACUUAUCAAAUUUAAUCUUAUUUAAAUAAGAUAAAGGUUUUAGCUUUGAUUGUUUCUAAGAUUCAAUUGUAUAGAGACAUUACCUUUAUUUUGGCAUUGACUAUCAAUGUUAUGAUUUUGUUUGUGUUCCAUAAAGAAGUUAAGCAAUGUGAUCCAACAUCGGAUCCUGCUGAAUAUCAAGCAUGUUUGGAUGAUUAUGUGUAUGAAGAAGAUCUGUAGGAUCAAGAUUUGUAAUUGCAGGGUGUCAUACAGACCUUAGGAAUCAUUGUUAUUGUGCUAUCUAUGUUGAUUGUGCUCUUCUUUUUAGCAUAGACAGCUCCAUUGAUUAUAAAGAAGGCUUGGAUGGGAUGGGAAAACGAUAACUUCAACAUUAUUAUGUAUAUAAGAAGACUGCUAAUGACAGUUGUCUACCUGGUAACUGACUUCUAUGUGCUUUAUUAUCUGAGUUAUGGAUUUACAGCAUUUUUGGGGACUCUCUACCACCCAUUCUUUUUUGCAUUUCAUCUAUUUGAUGUUUUGGUGAGGUACCCUGUGUUGUUGAAUGUUGUAAAAGCAGUUUGGGAACCUAGAAAAUCAAUUCUGUUCACACUGUUUCUAUUUAUAGUGCUUAUGUAUGUGUUCUCAUUGGUGGCUUAUUACUGGCUGUAUGAAAGUUACCCUGCAAACUUUUGUUAUAGCACAUUCUAAUGUUUAUUGACAGCAGUUGAUAGAUCAUUUAAGUCUGAUGGUGGAUUGGGAGGGUUCUUGACUCCUUCGACAGAUGUUAAACCUAACGAUGAUGGGUAUUUUUUCCUUAGAUUCUUUUUCGAUAACAUUUACUUCAUUUUGUUGAUGAUCAUUAUGAUCAAUAUUGUGUCUGGUAUUAUUAUUGAUACCUUUGGUACUUUGAGAGAGGAAUUGAAUGUUUAUUAAUUGGAUCUGUAGAAUAUUUGUUUCAUCUGCGGAUUCGAUAAGGAAACCAUUGAAAAAUCUAGUAAAAAUCAACUGGGAUUCACCUAUCAUAUUAAAUAAGAACAUUAUAUGUGGAAUUAUUUGUUUUAUAUUGCUUACCUGAAAGACAAGGAUUCUACUGAGUACAGUGGUAUAGAGAGUUAUGUAAUGGAUAAGAUCAAGAAUGAAGACACGUCAUGGUUCCCGACUUUUAAGGCUUUAUGCAUGAAUGAUGACCAAGAAGGGCAAGAAUAAGGUCAAAUGAUGAAUGAAUUGAAACAAAUCCAGGAUGACUAAGAGAGAUUACAAGAAUUAUUGGAUAACAUCAAUCAACAGUUGGAAAAGAUUGAGGAAGAUUAGAAAUAAGGAAAUCAAUGA